UGCUUGCUCCGAGUCCACUCCACGCCGAGCCACACUCCUCGUGUCGUCAUCCGAACCGGGAAUUGCCUGUGCUUUAGGAACGAACAGUUCUUCCACCAUCAGCUGACAUGGCACCCAAGAAGGACCCUAAGGCGCCCGUCAAGAAGGCCGAGCCCGCGCCGGCACCCGCACCCGCACCGGAGCCCGCGCCCGCUCCCGCAGCGCCCGCCGCUGUCGACCUGUCCGCCGUCAAGGUGGAAUUCAGUCCGGACCAGAUUGAUGACUACAGGGAGGCCUUCGGUCUGUUCGACAGGGUGGGCGACAACAAGGUGGCUUACAUCCAGAUCGCCGACAUCAUGCGCGCUCUGGGACAGAACCCCACCAACAAGGAGGUCGGCAAACUGCUCGGAAUGCCCUCCGCUGAAGACAUGGCCAGCAAGAGAGUUGAUUUCGAGGGAUUCCUUCCCAUGCUCCAGAGCAUCAUCAACAGCCCCAACAAGGCGGGAUUCGACGACUACGUUGAGGGUCUGCGCGUCUUCGACAAGGAGGGCAACGGCACAGUGAUGGGCGCUGAGCUGCGUAUUGUCCUCGCCACACUGGGAGAGAAGAUGAAUGAGGCUGAGAUUGAUGCUCUCAUGACAGGACAGGAGGAUGAGAACGGCUGUGUCAACUACGAGGCCUUUGUCAAGCACAUCAUGUCCGUGUAAGGACCCCGCCACUGCGGUGGUGAGCAUCGUAUGUGCAGACCCCACGGUGUCGGGACAUCCACUCGCUGUUUCCUGUGCCACCUGGGAAGCAGGGGAACAAAGGACUAUGAGAUGUCAUUUCCUGAACCCUUCUUUAGUUUUGUUCUACAUUUUAUUUUUAUUUUUUUUCCAUCCGGUGCUUCUUUUUUUUCUCUCUCUCUCUCUCUCUCUCUCUCCUCCCGCUGUUCGGCAAGACGUCCUGAUUUCCCCCGAGAUUUCCUCAUUUUCACACACAAGUCACCGUGUCUCUUUGGGGAUUUCUGGUAUCACUGGUUUGCAAAGUGGAGCAGUGAUGGAGGGGUUGAUGGGAUAAUGAUGACCCACCCCCCCUCCUUUCAUUUGGAGCCUGGACGACUCCAUCUGCCAGUGAAGAGACAAGUUUGCCCCAGGACUGGCCAUAAAAAUUAACACACUCCUUACCCGAGCCAUCCCUAGGUCUUAACUUAUUGUAUCCUCUGCCACAAUAAACCUUUCACAAACUCCUAUUAUAUUUCCAAAUUUCUGACUCUAUUUAUCUGAUGCUUAAUUAAUUCAAUUUCUUUGUUAAAGUGGUAGUUUUACAUUUAUGGAAAUACGGGUACAAUUAUAUGAAAAGAUGUUUACCCCUCUCAAGUCUGUCAUACAGCUAAUAGUCAAUUAGCUUAGCAUUUGUUUUUGUUUUUUUAGGUUAAAGAAAUUAGAUGAACUGUAUUGAUUAUAGACAUCUUCUCAUCUGACUCAGAAAGAAAAUAAAGACCUUUCCAAAAAUGUAA